CAGAAACAGUUGUAAGAUAAGCCUCUCGGCCGCCAGAGAUGAGACGUUCGACAAGAUGUCUAUCAAAAUCUAAAACGCAGCUAUAUAUGGAGAAGUUGGGUGGCUUAGGAAUCAGAUCAUUAAGUGGUCAGUGCUUGGACGCUGUGAGAGUUCGUGCAUUCAUGGAGUUCGUGAAGAGCGAAAAGGGCAAGAAUCUUCUUGCUCUUGAGGGCUAUCUGCUCACACAGAACAAGAUCAGCAAGGACGGACGAAGAACGUAUUCUAUAGAAGAUACAAACGCCUCUAUAGAAGAUACAAAGGAAACUGCAAUUUCAGAGCUACAACUGAAGGAGAGCAGGUUGUCAGCAGGCGAGGGCAACAUCAUCGUGCUCCAGAACCUAGAAAAUUAUAAGCCCGCAAGGUGAUCACAAACAUCAUGAAUGAUGCCAAGACCACGCAACAGAAGACAGGGAAAGAUGAGCGACUGUACACCAGGAUGCUGGAGCACCUUCGUUUUCAGCAUGGAAUUGCUGCACCCCAGAGUGUUACAACUGAUUUAGAGAAGGCUGCUCAGAAUGCCCUGGAGCGCGUGUUUCCAGGUCCACGAUAUGAAAAUGAUCCUGAAUUUCGCCUGCAAAUGAAGCCCCUUCCUGCACUCAGCUUUGUGCCACCAGCAAAGGUGGAAGAUGCAUUCAACGACCUUGUAGCCACCAUGCCAAACGCAGCACUGCCUGUACUGAGCUACUUUGAAGAUAGUUAUAUCGGACGGGUGAUGAGAGGGAACCGUCGGAUACCACCUCUGUUCGAACCGGGUCUCUGGAACAACUACAAUCGUGUCCUGCAGGACCUUCCACGUACAAGUGCCGUGGAAGGCUUCCAUUCC